GGACACAGAGACACACACGGCUUCUUGCUGCCCUCAGCGGAGGAGUGAUUCUGUAGUUGUACGCUGUUCCCCUGCGGUGGAAAUACACACUGCGUACAUUUAUCUUAAUCGCAUUUAUUUAUCAGUUGGGUAUCGACUGGGCUUUUUGUGAGGACUGCAGCAGCCACUGUCAGGAAAACAUUAUUUUUACUCGGAAGAAGACGAUUGGCUGACUGUCCCCUGACAGAUCCAAACCUCCUGAUGUUUGCUCAAGCUGACAAUCAAGAGAUGUCGCCCUGAUUGCUUUUUGUCGGGCACAGCUUUUCAUUAAGCAAGAUGUCAACCACAACAGAAAAUGGGAUGAGCGGGACUUGGAGCAGAGAGAAGACGUACAAGAAGACCACAUCAUCGGCUUUGAAGGGGGCCAUUCAGCUUGGUAUUGGCUAUACAGUGGGCAACCUCACCUCCAAGCCUGACAGAGAUGUGCUUAUGCAAGACUUCUAUGUGGUGGAGAGUGUCUUUCUGCCCAGUGAGGGAAGCAACUUGACCCCAGCACAUCAUUAUCCUGACUUCCGCUUCAAGACCUAUGCCCCGCUGGCCUUCCGCUACUUCAGGGAUCUAUUUGGCAUCAAGCCAGAUGACUACCUGUACUCCCUGGUAAAUGAGCCUCUGAUUGAGCUGACCAACCCGGGGGCCAGUGGCUCUCUCUUCUACCUAACCAGCGAUGACGAGUUCAUCAUUAAAACCGUCCAGCACAAAGAAGCCAAGUUUCUCCAGAGAUUGCUGCCUGGAUACUACAUGAACCUGAACCAGAAUCCACGCACACUGCUGCCCAAGUUCUACGGACUGUACUGCAUCCAGUCUGGUGGCAUCAACAUCCGCCUGGUGGUGAUGAACAACGUGCUGCCGCGCUCCGUCAAAAUGCACUACAAAUAUGACCUGAAGGGAUCCACCUACAAGAGACGGGCAUCCCGGAAAGAGAGAGAGAAGGCUUGUCCGACCUACAAAGAUCUGGACUUCCAGGACAUGCACGAGGAAGGGCUUUACUUUGACGCAGAGACAUACAACAACCUAAUGAAGACCCUGCAGAGGGACUGUCGGGUGCUGGAGAGUUUUAAGAUCAUGGACUACAGCCUGCUGUUGGGUGUGCAUGUGCUGGACCAGAACCAGAGAGAGGGGGGUGAGCCUGGCCAGGCAGGGGGAGACGGGAGGAGACCUCUGGGUCAGAGGGUGCUUUACUCCACUGCCAUGGAGUCCAUCCAGGGAGACGGCAAGGCUGCUGAAGUCCUCACCACAGAUGACACGAUGGGUGGCAUCCCUGCUAAAACACACAGAGAAGAAAAGCUGCUCAUCUUCUUGGGUAUUAUAGAUAUUCUACAGUCAUACAGGUUCAUUAAAAAGUUGGAACACUCGUGGAAAGCCCUGGUGUAUGAUGGCGACUCCAUCUCGGUGCACCGACCUGGGUUUUAUGCCAGCCGCUUCCUCAAGUUCAUGAGCACACGGGUAUUCAGGAAGACUCAACUAAUUCGAUAUUCCCCUUCAAAGAGGACUCGUACUUCCAUCCCGGCUCUGAAGUCGUCCUCACAGGAGAUCCUUUCAUCGCAGGCAGAUGAGAGGAACGAGGAGUACAGGAGGGACAGGCUGGGAGGAGCUUGCAGUCUGGCCAGUCUGGACGGACAAGCUGUGUUCGGUUCGUACCUGCGUCCUGAUCUGGUCCCUGCCAACCCGUCCUUCUACGAGGGCUCCUCCAUGGGAACCAUCUCCACGUCCUCCAUCUUUGUUAACGUGGACAACCAAACGGAGGAGAGAGAUGAUGUUGCAUCCAGCUCCACGUUUACCCUGGAGGACAGUGCUAUCUGCCUGACUUCAGAGCAGAGCACCAUGGAUGUGGACAUGGACCGUGAUGACGGAUCUGUUCUUGAUGUCUAUUUGUGAAAAGAGCCGCUUUACAACCAUCAUUUCCUCCUGCCAAUCAUAAGACAAUCGCCACACUCCAUUGGACCGGCCAGGCUGGCCUCUGACUCCACUUCCAGUGCUGCUAGAUCCAUGUUGCCACUUGUAUUGCCAACACAUAAAAACACUUAGAUUCUCCACCGGGUGAUGGACUAAAAGAAAACACCAACAGAGUCACAGCGAUGGACAAAUGCAAGAAUCAUGUGACAUAUCAUGUAAUGCGAUGAACAUAAGGCUGAACUGAGUGUUGCUUUUUAGAGCAUGCGUCAACGCAGUGCCAUGAAGUUUUAUAUAUGUAUACUGUUUUCAUGGUCUAAACAGAGAUCUAAACAUUUAUUAUAUAUACACAUGAGGAGAGGGUAGGUACAUUUCUUUAAAUAUUUUUUCUGCUGACCAGAAAGAAAUAAGAGAUUUUCAAAGUUUGCAACUGCUUUAGUGCUGAUCAGAAGAGAAAUGUUUACAGUAAAUUUAUGAUGGCGUCUUCGUCCCUGAUGAACAAGGAUGUGACGUUGUCGCACAAAGGACACAAGCCAGCUUAAAAACCACAGCUAGCACGGAUAAGAGAAGAUUCACAUGACCAGACUUGGAUGGAUUCUGAAGCUACCGAGGCCAAACAGAGACUGCGACGUGGUUAAAGUGGUCACCUCAUCCCAACUGGGCUGUUAUUUGUGCUGCCCUCACAGGAACCUGAAGGCCUGGCAAAGGGUUGCUGUAAAGUGAGAAAAGACAGAUACUGGAUCUUCGAUGAAGCACAGAGCAGGGAGACAAUGCACUCGCUCUUGAUAAAAAGGCACUUUUGACAUUGGUUAUGAUUACUGUUGGAAAUAUUUUUCUCUGAAUAAGUUGCUUAGGUGGGUAGAUUACCUGACAGAAGCACAGAUUUGAAUAUGUGAAUAUGCACUUUUUUCCCCUCUUUUUACUCUACAAAUGCACACCUCUGUAAGUCAUUGAUACUACAUGUACAAAGACAAUGAAGGAAUACUGUAGAUCAUUUUUGAUGUGGAGCUACUAGUUUUGUGAGGUUUGCGUCAUGACUGAAAUGCUUUUACUCAGGAUAUCCUUUGAUACAGAAUAAGCGUGUCCUCUUCAAGACGUUAUGAGACAUGCAUCCUACACUUAGAAGCUGUCUGAUACCUCUUCAUCAAGACCAUAGCCAGCUAUACAUGUUGAAAUCCACGAUCACGUGUCGGUUGAGACCAUAAUUUAUGAUGUAAAUUUCAAUAUUUUACCAUUUGCUGAAAAAAAUACUUUAAAUCGCUGAAUGUAAAGACAAUGCAUAUUUAUAUAUAGAAGAGACUCCUAUAAAUAAACUACUAAAAUGUAAUGUCUUCUCUUUACUCUAGCUUCUGAAGAAGCACUUCUGUCAUCCCAACA